AGGGCUGCUGCUGGAUGUAACUUUUAGCUGCCUGUCUCUCACGAGUUGGAGAGUUUUAUGAGCUUUUCACUUCAUUGGAAACCGACAGACCUGUCAAAACUGGGUGUGCUUCCAAAAGCUGUCGAGGAGUUUAAUGCUCUUAACAAGGUCUUAACAAACAAUGUCUUUAAUUUUCAGGCUUUAGAGCCUCCCCUCCAUACCUUCCCUGCACUUUUAAAUCUGGGCAGCCCGUCUGGACGGUCUCCUUUGUCCUUCUCAUAUUGUUAGACGCGUGCCAUCUGCUCCAUGUUAUUAUUAUAGGCGGCUUUAGAUUUAAAGCGACUUCUGCUGCUCCCUUUCGCCCGCACUUUAGUCUCAGGAGCUUUCCAAACAUAGUCCAGCGUGUAUUUCUUCAUAACCUAGACGAGGCACCUCCACUUGUAGCUUCUUUUUGUGCCUCCAAAUGUUCCUAAAAUUAACCAGAGCCUGUGUUUUAACAUAACGGUGUAUGGGUAGCUGGUGACGUCAGCGUCCCAGCAAGAGUCUCAUUUUUUUGUAGGGCAGCCUGUGGAAAGAAAUCAACCAGGAUGCUUCUGACUCUCAGUCCGGACUGCUGCAAACCCCGCCGCUCAGACUGUCCAUGCAGGAGGCUCGACUAAAUGUGAAAGGUUUGCCGGACUAUGUUUCGAAGAGCGGUGGCGUUCAAGAGAGUCGACGAUGAAAACGUGGACUCCGGAGCUGAAACUGCCGAAUCUGACUACUGCAGGAUGUCGUCGUCGGGCAUUGAGUUCAUGAGCAGUCGGGUGAAGCAGCAGCAACGGCAGCGACAGCAGCCGCUCCUGCCUAUAAACUUGCAUCUGCUGGCCAAUCCAGGAGACUCACUGCUGCUGCAGCACACCCUGGAUCGCCUCCUUCGCUGGCUCUGCCCAAGCCUUCGCAUCUUCCAUGUGUCAGAGAGGGCCUCCCCAUUAAGAAAUUACACCCGCCUCUCUCCUGUGGCAGGUUACCCUUCUCUGGCCAUCACUUUCUUCCUCCAUGAGGCGUAUGGAGAGGAGCGAAUCCUCAAAGUGCUGGACUUCUUUCAGCGUCCGCCCUGGCAGUACCAUCACACCGAGAGCUGCGGCAAACGAACUGGAGGGAUCCACAUUACCUCCAGCAGCUCCCCCAACAAUGCCCUGAUGCGGCCCUACCUCCUGCCAAGCAGAGACUUCUACAGUUUGGGUGCAGGGAUGCCAGUGUGGGGCGUUCGUCCGGUGCACUGUGGAGGAGAAAUAUUGCGUGUGACACUGUACAGCGGAUAUGACAACUAUGAGGAUGCUGUGCGGCUCUAUGAGACCGUGCUGCAGCGACAGGCAGAGGAGCAGAAGACAGGCUUUUGCUGGUUCACUCUCCAUAGUGAGCCUGGGCUGUGCCUGCAGCUGGCUAUAAAACAGUUGUCACCAGGGGUCCGGGUGGAGCCCUGCAGCUCUGCCGUGCUGCAGUUCAGUGUGGAAGAAAUUGGCCAGUUAGUCCCUUUGUUGCCCAACCCCUGUACCCCUAUCAGCACUACACGCUGGCAGACAGAAGACCUGGAUAGCAAUAAGGUUCUCUUCCAGGUGAAAACCCCAGCUCAACCUCAGCGACCUCUGACCUGUGCUUUCCCCCUGCCCUGCCCCAGCGUGUCCCCUCGAGGUAUGCAACUCAGGAGCUCAGGACAGUCCCCCUGCAGCCUUACAACGCCCCUGCCCUGGCAAACACACCGGCAAGGCCACAGACCACACAGUGACCCUCUCCUGGAAAAGCUUCAUGGAGGAGGUGGUGGAGCAGAGAGUCUGGGAUCAGGAAGCUGCUGCAGCACUCCUCCAGGCAGCUCCUGUUACUCAUCCCAACGCAGCAGCCCCGCACCACCCUCAACCACCAAUUACCCUGACUCUCCGCUGCGCCCCUCCAUCACCCGUUCUCUUUCCCAUCUCCUCUUGGAAGAGGACGAGGAGGAGCCAGAGACCAACGUAGACACGGGAGUCCCCAUUUCACUAUCAUACUCUGACACAACCGUCAAAACAAUUGGCCGCUCUUCCUCCAUGGACUGUUCAGUGUAUUUCCGCUCUGAGAGACCUGCAGCUGUCGGGGCUUCAGCUGGUGAGAGUCUGGCCAAGGAGCUGAUUGAAUGUCUGCCACAGACACUCCUGCACCCUCACAGCGCCUCAAGGACAUGGGGUCCUGGUGGCCGUACAGAUGCAGCCAGGAUGGGCUGUGGUAGCAGGACUGUGGCUGCAGGACAAAGCCCCUCCAAAGGGCUUGUGGUGGAGAACAGGACUACUGCUGAGCUUCUCUCAGCACUCACAAACAAUGAGGAGCCAGUUGAUGAGUUUUUUAUCUAAAUUCCUGCCACCAUGCUGCAUGCAGUGGUGAUAAUCAGUUUAAUUUAAAACAUAGAAUGGUUGGAUGAGAAACCCUUUGAAGAAGUGAUGCGGGACACCGCUGUGGAGUACAGAAGAACCAAAGUUCAGCUGCAGGUGACACUUUCCACUCAGAAGUGUUAUAGGUUUUUGGCCUUAUUCAGACCAAAUCAGGCAUUGAGGCAAAACUGCCAGUCCUCCCAUUCAUGUUGACUGUGGGUAAUUGCCACAUUGCCUGAUUUGUUUGGCUUUUCCACAAUAUAUAAACAGUAAUUGUCCAAAUCCUACUCUAACAGACCUGUAGACAGAGAGGCACACAGUGAGUGAUGUUUUAAAUCAGUGCUGGUAAUAAUAUUGUUGAGUGUUUAAAUUCUUUUACACUUAGAUCCAACUAAUGAUUUGUGCAGCUAUUGUGCUAAAAUGUAGCCCUGUGAAUAGAAAAACAUGUCUCUGUAUGAGGUGUUACAGUUGGGGUACUAGUGCCAGUCUGGGCUUCGUAACAUCUUAAUUUACAAAUGCCUUUUAAACAUAUGAAGAUGAUCUCAGUGUGAAGCCAGUCUUUGGUGUCUCUGCUGAUCAUGAUUAGAAAUCUGCUUUAGUCUGAUUGCUCUCACCUUGCAGCAGUCUCAGUCUGUGUUACAGGUUUUGCAUCGCCCUAGUCCAGCCCUGUGGCUUUUGAUUACAUUUGUUUGAACCCACUUCAGCUGAUCCAUGCUCUAAUGUUUGUGUUACAGUGUAUAAGUGGUGGACUAGACCUGACCAAAUUACUGUGUUAAAGAGGACUAGAUAUUCUCACAUGAUUAUUUUCAUCUUCAGAUAUCCUAGAGGUAAAUGGUUUUCUUAAUUACUUAAAGAUAACAUUUGGACAGAAAAUCCUGUGUGUAAUAUAUGUUUUUAUAUUAAUCUAAUGAGGAGUGUGUAAUGUGUCCGUAGCAUGAGACCUCAGAAAUGUUAAUUACUGUAAGGCCGCCCACAGGAAGCUGCUUAGGGAUCAGCAGACAGAUUAACUGAAGUGAAAACUUAGCUAAUACAUCAUACUUUAUAUUGGACUGAUCAGUACUAACAGAUGGUAGUUACACCAACAACAUUUUUGCACAGUGCCUGUAACCGUUGAAUAUAGCUGUUUAGAGACAAGUCUGAUAAAAGAUAAUAUUGUUACAUGUGAGGAAGUGACAGUACUAUGCAUUUAAUUAGCAAUCUCAUGACUCGGGCUGACUAGUCACUCCUAUAACAUUGAUUUAGCAUCUUCUCCUGCUAACGAAAACUUUCAGUUGUGGCCAAAUCCAACCCACUACCAGAUAAAGCUGUGUUUGGUAUUCACUUGUGUUGCAUGUGUAUUUUGGCCAGUGUUUGUUCAAUGCAUAUGAGGAGGUCUAGUUUAACAGGAUGCUGUGGGCGUGCAGGGCAGCUCAGUUGUGUGAAUGUGUUUAACUGUUUACUGUAGUUUGGGUGUUACUGGAAAAAAAAGCGAACAUGCUGACUCAGAGAGCAUCAACUGUGAGGUUCCUCAUGUUCAGUGAUCCAGAGAAAUGUUGUCAGGCUUUAGUAUAAAAAGAUAAAUGAAUAAAAAUGCUUUCUGUUACGGUCAGAUCAUGAAGGCCAACUGUGUGUCCUGACAGAUGUUUCCACAUAAUGUGACACUAUUGUCAGAUUUAAUUAGCUGCAGGAUUAAAGGCCUUUACAGUGAA